CUAAUCCCAUUCCCAUUCCCUCACACAGCCUUCAGUUUCCUCCGGCGAUGGCUUCCUUAGCAGCCUCCACCGCGGCCGCCUCCCUCGGCGUCUCCGAGAUGCUCAGAAAUCCCCUCAGCUUUGGCGGUGGCUCCCCCAGGUCGGCGCCUUCUGCUUCUAGCUCUGUCACCGUCAAGACUGUCGCGCUUUUCGGGAAGAAACCGGCCGCCAAGGCAAAGCCUUCCGCCGCUGUCUCUCCGGUCAACGACGAGCUCGCCAAGUGGUACGGUCCUGACAGAAGGAUUUUCUUGCCGGAUGGGCUGUUGGACCGAUCUGAGAUCCCUGAGUACUUGAACGGAGAAGUCCCCGGAGACUACGGCUACGAUCCCUUUGGACUCAGCAAGAAACCAGAAGACUUCAGCAAAUAUCAGGCAUUUGAAUUGAUCCACGCAAGAUGGGCCAUGCUUGGAGCUGCUGGUUUCAUCAUCCCUGAGGCCUUCAACAAAUUCGGAGCCAACUGUGGCCCCGAGGCCGUUUGGUUCAAGACUGGAGCUUUGCUUUUGGAUGGAAACACAUUGAACUACUUUGGAAACAACAUUCCCAUCAACCUGAUCGUUGCCGUGAUUGCCGAGGUCGUCCUCGUCGGUGGCGCAGAAUAUUACAGAAUCAUCAACGGCUUGAAUUUUGAAGAUAAGCUUCACCCGGGUGGGCCGUUCGACCCAUUGGGGCUGGCGGAUGACCCCGACCAGGCAGCGAUCUUGAAGGUGAAGGAGAUAAAGAAUGGAAGGCUGGCGAUGUUUGCAAUGCUCGGGUUUUACUUCCAGGCUUACGUGACGGGCGAAGGCCCUGUGGAGAACUUGGCCAAGCAUUUGAGUGAUCCCUUCGGAAACAAUUUGCUCACUGUCAUCUCAGGGAAUGUCGAAAGAGUUCCAACUCUUUAAACGAAUGCCAUUUGAAUGAAGCGUUUUGUUCCAGUUUAAGCUGUGUCUGUAUCAAAAUCCUUAAUGCAUUUGUAAAUUUUAUUGAGACUAUUUGUAGCCCUGACUGCUCACUCUCAUGCAUUUUGAAACAUAUGAACAAGAGUAAGAUCAAAUUUUCUAUC